AUGUCAUCAAUUAUAAUACCUAAAGCUCGCCUAUUGUUAAAGAGUGGUAAAGAUGCAUUCUUAGAUCCUAAUAUUGGUUGGAAGACUACACAUUUUUGGGGUCCAGUUGCUAAUUGGAGUAUAGCAUUAGCUGGUAUUACUGAUCUUACUACUAAGGGUCCUGAAUAUAUAUCCUUACCAAUGACUGCUACAUUAUGUGUAUAUUCUGCUAUGUUUAUGAGGUUUGCAUGGAUGAUAAGACCUAGGAAUUAUCUAUUAUUCUCAUGUCAUGUAUUUAAUGAGGGAGUACAAUCGAUACAGCUGUAUAGACGUCUACAAUAUGAUAGACAACAACAACAACAACAACAAGAAGGACAACAACAAGAGAUAGUUUAUAAGGAUGAUAACAAGAAGAAUGGUAUAAUGUGUGCUGCUGCUGCUGUUGCUGGUGGUAUUGGUAUAGUUCCCCGUCUACAAGCACGUAUAACAGCUUUACCUAUGCCAUUGAAAUGUCGAGCAUUUCUUAAACAUCCAGCAGGACCAUUUACCAUAUUCUUCUGGGCACCAACAUGUAAAUGGGGUCUUAGUGCUGCUAAUCUAUUAGAUUAUAAGAGGCCAGUACAUUCAGUAAGUAUACCACAACAAUUAUCAUUACUAGCUACAGGUGCAAUAUGGUGUCGUUGGUCUUUUGUCAUUACUCCAAUAAAUAUUAAUCUGGCAAUGGUUAAUCUAGCCUUAGCCUCAUCUGCAGUAUAUAUGUUAGUACGAAAGUAUGUAUACGAUCCAUUCCCCACAUCACCUGGAGAAGAGAAGGAUGAUAAGUAAAGUUUAUGAGGACCACGUGAAGAAGGAGGAGAAGGAGAAGUCUGGAUGUAAAGAUAAUGCGUUAAGCCUUUGUGCUGCUACUCAUCAUUAUAUUUAUGCUAAUCUUGAUAACUGUUGUCUUAC